AUGAAUUCCGUAUUUUGUAUCUUGCUGGCAGCGGUGUGCUCCCUCUGCGCCGCACAGAGAGGCCAAGUCUACAACAACCCCAACGAGAUCCCAAUCAUAUCCUAUGUCAACGACAACAACUUUGACGGAUCCUACAGAUACAGUUAUGAGACCGGCAACGGGAUUUCAGCUUCGGAGGAAGGCUUCCUGAAGAACCCCGGACAGAAGGAUCUGGAAGCGCAGACAGCCCGCGGUACCUACACCUACACAGCUCCUGAUGGCCAGGUUAUCACCGUCAACUGGUACGCUGAUGAGACAGGCUUCCAUGCUGAUGGAGCUCACUUACCCACACCUCCUCCAGUCCCAGGAGUCGCCCCACAACAACCCUUCCCAAGGGGGAAAUGA